UAUUUAACAUAAUUAAUACCAGAAAGAUAGUAUAGGCAGACCAUGACCCCAUCAGAGUUUGUGUACAUCAUCAGUCUGUCCGCCGCUGGCUGAACGUCAAAAGUACCGAACCUCAUUGUGAAUACUUUGUGGCCGAAUCUUCAUUUGUCGAAGGAAUGCAGUGCUUAUCAAGGGAUUGCUGAUUGCCUUCUUUCAACUUCAGAGUAUGAUUGAUACUUUAUUAAGUGGAUACAGUUUACAAUUUCAAUAGUAUUUGAGGAGUGAAGUAGCAAGUGCUGUUGUUGCUGGCUAAGUGUUUUGAUUAAGUGGUCAAGUGAUUGUAGACAUGGUAACAAGAACAGGGUUUUAUUCCCAGUGAACUAUUAGGUGCUGUUAACCAUUAUGUUGAGUGACUGAUUGAUUAUUGUUAAUGAGUGUUUCACAUAUAUACUAAUUUGUUUUCAUAAUGUUACCAAUAACGAUAGAUGUUGAAGAAACUAAGCCUCUUACUCAUGUAAGCAAAGCAAGAUUAAAAGAUUCCAUCAGCAAUGUAAUAAGACUGGUACUUUCAGACUCAGACUCUCGUAAUCUCUUCUUUUUCCUGUUGGUAAAUUUAACAUUUGGCUUUGUGGAACUUUUAUAUGGAGUAUGGACCAACAGCUUGGGACUAAUAUCUGAUGCUUUUCAUAUGUUUUUUGAUUGUUCAGGAUUGCUUGUUGGCCUGGCAGCCAAAAUUAUCACCAAAUGGAGAGCUAAUGAUAAAUAUACUUAUGGAUAUGUCAGAGCUGAAAUUUUGGGUGGGUUCAUGAAUGGCUUGCUGCUGAUGUUUGUAUCAUUCUUCAUAUUUGCAGAGUCUGUUGAACGGUUAAUAGAGCCCCCUGAGGUUAAACAUGAAAGGUUAUUUCUGGUUUCAGUAAUGGGAUUUUUGGUGAAUCUCAUAGGUAUAUUUGUGUUCCAGCAUGGGGGAGGACAUGGCCACAGUCAUGGAGGGGAUCAUGGCCAUUCUCAUGGUGGGCAUGGCCAUUCUCAUGGGGACCAUUCUCAUAGCCAUUCACACAAUGGACAUGCUCAGCACGGGCAUUCCCAUGGUGGUGGUGCAAGUAGCGGUGGUGGUUCGCAGAUCAUGCAAGGGGUGUAUUUACACAUACUGGCCGACACUUUAGGCUCUGUUGGUGUUAUAAUAUCCUCAGUCCUCAUGUACUUGUUUGGAUGGAUGAUUGCUGACCCCAUUUGCUCGUUAUUUAUUGCUGUACUUAUUUUAGUUAGUGUUUUAGGUCUUUUGAAAAAUUCAGUGGAAGUUUUGAUGCAAAGGCAGCCAAGAGAAUUAGACGAUGUAUUGUCAGGAUGCUUUUACAAAAUUAGUGCUCUUCCAGGAGUGUUUAGUGUUCAGGAGCCUCACUUCUGGACCCUUUGCACAGGGCAGUAUAUUGGAAAUAUCAAACUGGAAGUUUCUGCUGCUGCAGACCCACGUUACGUUGUUCAACAGUCCCGCGCUAUUCUCAGUUCUGUUGGUGUCACACAAUUAUAUAUACAGUUAGAUUAUUCUACAAUGUAGCAUUUUUGCAAUUUAGUUUUUUACAAGGUCAUUUAGGUCGUUAGUCUACUUACAGUAGCUUGCCUGGUAAAGUCCUGCAGAGGUACAGUUCUUGUCAGGUUGCUGUUUGCUGUUUUAAAUGUCUCAAAAUCAUUCUCAUGUCAUCCAUUUCAUAGAGUAAUGAACUAUUAAUAAUUGGUUUUUCAAGUGUUUUUAUUUAAUAUGUACAAGAAAUUCUUAAUAUAUACUGUUAUUAUAUUUAUAAUAAAUCUCAAAGUUCUAUAUACAUUCAUUCUGAAUCUUUAAUUUAAAAAAAUGCAGUUUUUGUCAUUCCUGUGUUCUUGGAUUUUGUAUGUUAUGGUAUUUGAAGCUGUGUUGACUGGUGACUGGUUAUAGAAUAUUUGUAGGUACGUAGCGAGUGGAUGAAUGAUUGUAUGCUCUUGAAUGGCAUAUUGUGAUGGUAUGCUCUUGAAUGGCAUAUUGUGAUGGUGCAUAUCAUGCCAUAAUUGUGCAUGUUUGUCAUUUAUUGCUGUGACAUUCAAGUGUGAUUUGCAUUUUAUUUGGAAGCUGCAUAAUUUAUUUUGGUAGCAUAUUUUUGGUAUUGUACCAUGACAUUACUAAGUUUCUGUUUAGAUCAUUAGGCCAUUUAGAAAAUGGAAAUCAUCUUUCAUAUUAUUCAGGAAGACAGUCAUGUAUGUAAAUAUUUGUUGAUGAAGAUUUAUAUAUAUAUGUAUGCUAUAUUCCAUAAGCUAAAUAUAAAUUCAUAGUUUUGUAUCUCACUAAAUGAGACUUUUGAUAUAGUAAUGAUGAUUGAGGAACUUGUUUGAUACAUAAAGUCAAAGGGGAUCCAACCAUUUUUCCAGAGAUGGGUCUCUUAAUGUGCUAAUAAAAUAUUGUUUAAAUUAAA